GAGAGGUCUGCUGGCUGACUGUCCUCUCCGGGGGGAUCGACAGAUAGGCUAGCCCUCCAACCUGGGAAUUCUCUCUUCCUGCCAAACGUUUGUUGUUCAUCUUGCGGGAUUUUGGGGAAAAGAAGACAAGAGUCGGAUAUACCUUUCAUGACGGACUGACAUUUUUUAGCAUUUGUCUGCUUUUUUGUCCCGCUGAAAGUGGUAUUUCAGUUCAGAUACUGAGAGGACGUGAGAAGAAAUACAUGUUCCCAGAAUACAGCUAACCAGGUUUAAGUUUUAGCCCUAGGGACAACCUAGGGAGACGGACAAGGGGAAAGCCUAUCAGAAGUGGCUGAGGCCAUCCCUCCUGACAGACCAUGGGAGAUAGGUCUGGGAGAAAACUAGCUGCUGCAAAGAGACAGACACAGCUACUGGUGGUGAAGGGUCUGGAGGAUGUGGAGGUGUGUGAGAGCGAGGGUUGCUCCUUCGAGGUGACCCUAAACCUGUCCUACAUAGAUGGCACGUGGACCAAGGACGGGGUCAAGCUCAAGUCCAAGCCUGCCUGUCGCAUCACUGCCCAUCGGAAUAAACACACUCUCACCUUCACCCGGGUCACUGUAGGAGACACUGGCCUGUUCUCCUUCCAGACUGAUGGUGCCCAAAGCUGUAUUCAAACCUCAGGUCAACUCAUUGUCAUAGCCAGAGACAUCCAGAUCGUGAAGGAAUUGGAGGACGAGGAAGUGACUGAGAGGCAGAGUGUGACCUUCCUAUGCGAGGUCAACUAUGAGAAUGUGGACGGGCGCUGGUACAGAGACAACACCAGGGUCAAACACGGAGACAACGUCAAGAUCAGCCAUGAGGGUAAAACUCACACCAUGUGCUUCAAGUCUGUAAGGCCAGCAAAUGCUGGGGAGAUCAAGUUCACUGCAGACAGGGUCUCGUCCUAUGCAAUUCUCACAGUAAAAGAGCUGCCUGUGCAGAUAGUGAAGCCUUUGAGAGUGAAGAUUGCUAUGUACAAACACAAAGGCCUGCUGGAGUGCCAAGUGUCGCGGGCCAACGCCCAGGUCAGGUGGUUCAAGAACAGGAAUGAGAUCCAGCCCAGCCAGAAGCACCAGAUUGUCAGCGAUGACAUCUACAGGCAGCUCCACAUCCACGACGUGGCCUCCUCUGAUGAGGACACCUACACCUGUGAUGCUGGUGAUGACAAGACAUCCUGUCAGCUGUUAGUGGAGGAGCAGUCUAUCAGCAUAGUGCGGGGACUGAGGUCCCUGGAGGUGACGGAGCCCAGGGAGGCCUUGUUCCAGGUGGAGAUCAGCCUGCGGGCGGGGAGACCCCCCAAGUGGACCCUGGAUGGAGAGGUCCUGAUGGAGGGGCCUAAAGUGAGCAUAGACCGGGAAGGGACCAUGCACACCCUCUGCUUCAGCAGCACAGACAGCUCUAUGACAGGCCCCGUGCAGUUCAACGCUGGGAAGAGCCGCUCUGCCGCACAGCUCACUGUGAAGGAGCGCCCUCUAAAGGUGGUCCAGCCCAUGCCAGACGUGGAGGCUAAAGAGAACAGCUCGGUCACACUGAGCUGUCAAUUUGCCCCCUCCCCCAGGGUGGUACGCUGGUACAGGGGCCGCACCGCCCUGCAAACGUCCAGCAAGUACAGCAUGAAGACGGAGAAGAGCCAGGCAGAGCUGACCAUCCAGGGUCUCAAGGAGACCGACACCGGCCAGUACAGCUGCAUGGCUGGAGGGUCAAAGAGCACGGCUAAGGUCACUGUGGAGGUGCGAAGGCUUAAGAUCAUAAGGCACCUGGAGCACGUAGAAGUGGAGGAGGAUAGCAACGCCACAUUCACCUGUGAGCUCAACUAUGUGGUCGCCAAUGUGCAGUGGCUCCUGAACGACAACCGUCUUAACGCCAACUCCGUCACCAGGAUCCAAAACAUGGGCACCAUCCACAGCCUCACCAUCAAAAUGCUCCGCCCCCAGGAUAGCAGAGUCACAUUCCAAGCCGGCCUGCUCACCGAGUCCACCUCCCUCAAGGUCAAAGAAAAGCCAGCGGUGUUCCUGAGGUCUCUAGAAGACAUGUCAGGGGAGGAGGAGGGGAAGGUGUGUCUGCAGUGCGAGACCUCUAAGGAAAUGGUCACCCCCAUCUGGAGGAAGGAUGGUACGGUCCUGGCCAGCAGUGACAAACAUGAGCUGCUCAAGUUUGGGAAGUCCUUAGCGCUCAUCAUCCACAGUCUGAGUAAGGAUGAUGCAGGCCACUAUAGCUGUGACCUGGGCACCAGCCAGACCAAGGCCAAGAUCACAAUACAUGACCUUCACAUCACCAUUGCCCAGCGUAUGAAGACGGCCUCUGUUCUGGAGGGCGAGAGCUGCAGUUUCGAGUGCGUUCUCUCUCAUGAUGUCAUCGACGAGUCCUCCUGGACCCUGAACGGUCAACUUGUGGUCAGCAACAGCCGCAUCCAGAGCGUAAACAAGGGCCGCAAGUACAAGAUGACAAUCAGAGAUGCAACCUUGACUGACGCCGGGGACGUUGUCUUCUUCAUCAAAGACCUCAGCUGCAGGACCAUGCUAUUUGUCAAAGAGAAGCCAGUGCAUGUGUUCAGGGACAUGACGAACGUCAAAGCCACCCCAGGGGAGGAUGCUGAGCUGAGCUGUGAGAUCACCAAGCCUGAGGCCUUCAUACGCUGGCUGAAGAACGGCCAUCAGAUCAGGCACAGCCCCCCCAAGUACGAGAUCAGUGUGGAGGACCACCUGGUACGGCUGGUGAUCACAAACACCUGCAUCAGAGACUCUGGGGAGUACUGCUGUGAGGCAGAUGGAAUUGCCACCCGGGCCAAGCUGGAGGUCAGAGAGCUGCAGCACAUGUUUGCAUGUGAGCUGCGGGAGGCACGGGGUGAGGAGAAGAGCAAGGUGACGCUGGAGUGCGAGACGAGGUUGCCGGCCAAGAGGGUGACCUGGUUGAAGGGCAUGGCGGAGCUCCGGGCGGGCAAGAAGUAUGUGAUGAAGCAGAAGGGCGUGGCCCUCUCCCUCACAAUCAGCUGCCUGGACAAGGGUGACACGGACGUGUACAUCUGCGACGUUGGCACCAUGCAGAGCCGGGCGCUACUGACCGUACAUGGUCAGAAGGUGUUGAUCAUGGAUGAGUUGGAGGACGUUGAGUGUCUGGAGAAUGACACGGUGAUGUUCAGGUGCCGUAUCUGUCCCAGCGACUAUGUUGGGGUCAAGUGGUACCUGGAUGAGACCUUACUGUACAUCAACAAGCUGAAUGAGAUCCAGGUGGUCCCGGGGGGAUACCACAGUUUAACCUUCAAACAGUUGGCCCAUAAAGACUCGGGGACCAUCUCCUUCGAGGCAGGCGACAAGAGGUCCUACGCCUCAUUGCUUGUUAGAGAGAGACGUCCCACCAUUACCAAAGCACUGGAGGACUGUGAGGCCAUUGAGGGAGGCGGUUUGGUGCUGGUGUGUAUCACCUCUAAACCAUGCCACAUUCUGUGGUACAAAGAUGGCUGCCUAAUGUGGAGCUCCUCAAGGUACUACGUCAGUCGCUCAGGUAAUGAGGCCAGGCUGACAAUCAGGGAGGUCAGUAACAGCGAUGCUGGGGUGUACGAGUGCAGUGCUGGAUCGGUCAGCACCAAGGCUGUCGUCACUGUGAAAGCCAUCCCAGCUGAGUUCACCCAGCAGCUGCAGAGCAUGGAGGUGAAGGAGGGGGAGGAUGUAACCCUGUCCUGUCAGUUCUCCUUGCCAGGGGUUACGUUCCACUGGAGGAGGGGCUUGGAGAACCUCAGGGCUGGAGAGAGGUACCUGAUAAAGCAGAAGAAGUCCCUCAUCUCUCUGACCAUCACCGGCCCGAAACCAGAAGACUCAGGAGACUACACUUGUCAGUGUCGAGACCACAGAACCACCGCCACCCUAAUAGUCCACGCUAUCCCCAUAUCCUUCAAACAACAGUUGAAGAAUGUUCAGGCUGAGGAGGGCAACAGUUUCACAUUGCACUGUGAGCUCUCCAAACCAGGAGUCCCUGUAGAGUGGAAGAAAGGAGAGGAGCUGGUGAGGCAUGGAAGGAAGUUUCAGAUAAGGAAGAGGGAGACCAUAUCGGAGCUUCAGAUAUGGAAAGCUGUGCCAGAAGACAGUGGAGUCUACAGCUGCCAGUGUGCAGACCAAAAGUCCACGGCCACCGUCAAAAUCAGCGCCCUGCCCGUUACCUUCAAAAAAAAGCUGAGGAACGCUCAGGUUGAGGAGGGGAACAAUUUGGUGUUACACUGUGAGCUCUCUAAACCAGGAGUCCCUGUAGAAUGGAUGAUGGGAGGAGAGGAGCUGCUGAACAACGGAGAGAAGUUUCAGAUAAAGCAGAGAGAGUUGGUGAAUGAACUGAAGAUUCUGGAUGCGAAACCUGAAGACAGCAAUAUCUACACCUGCGUUUGUGGCAAUGUGGAGACCACAGCCGGUGUUACUGUCACGGCAAUUCCAAUCACUUUCAAGCAAAAGCUGAGGAAUCUGCAGACUGAGGAAGGGAUCACCAUCAGCCUGCACUGUGAGCUGUCUAAAUCAGGGGUCCCUGUGGAGUGGAGGCUGGGAGGACAGAUGAUACUGCAAAAUGGAGACAAGUAUCAGAUGAAGCAGAGAGGUUUGGCACUGGAGCUCAUCAUCAGGGAGGCUCUGCCUGAGGACAGUGGAGUCUACAGCUGUGUGUGUCGAGAUCAGAAGACAAAGGCCACAGUCAAAGUCCUUGCUGUUCCCGCCACCUUCAGAGUGGGUCUGAAGAACCAGGAUGCCCCAGAGAAGGGCAACGUGACCCUGCGCUGUGAGCUGUCUAAGUCUGGCGUCCUGGUGGAGUGGUGGAGGGGGGAGACAGAACUGUCCCAGGACCUGUCAGGGGGAAAGUACCAGAUCAAACUGGAGGGGAGGAUCGCUGAGAUGACCAUUACCAACGUGCAACCGGAGGACAUAGGAAAAUACAGCUGUGUCACUGGAGACCAGAAGACCACCGCUGUAGUUAAAGUGCAAGCUCUCCCUGUGACGUUCAAGCGCCAGCUCCAGAACGCGAUGAUCAAAGAGGGGGACAGUGGGGAGUUCUGGUGUGAGCUCUCCAAGCCUGGAGCCCCAGUGGACUGGAGGAAGGGGAGAGCCAUCCUGAAGUCUGGAGACAAAUAUGAGAUGAAGCAGGAGGGACGCAUCACUAAACUGCUCAUCCAUAACGUGGAGGAGAGUGACGCUGGGAAAUACACCUGCAAGACUAAAGACACCCAGUCAACUGCUGAGCUGACCGUGAUGGGUCUACCCCCCACUUUCAAAGAACAGCUGAGGAACAUGGCAGUUGAGGAGGGUAAGACUGUGACACUACGCUGUGAGCUGUCUAAACCUGCAGCGUCAGUUGUGUGGAAGAGGGGAGCAGAGCUGUUGAAGAAUGUAGACAAGUGCCAGAUAAGGAAGAAAGAAUUACUGGUGGAAUUGAAGAUUAUCGAUGCGAAUCUGGAAGACAGUGGGGUUUACACCUGUAUUUGUGGUGAACAAAAGACUACAGCCACUGUUACAAUAAAUGUUCACCCCGUCACAUUUAUAGAAGAGCUGAGAAACUUUCAGGUUGAGGAGGGCAACAAUGUGACGUUGCGCUGUGAGCUCUCUAAACCAGGGAUGUUGGUAGAAUGGAUGAGAGGAACAGAUCUGCUGCAGAACGGAGAGAAGUACCAGAUGAAGCAGAAAGAUGCAACGUUGGAGCUGAUCAUCAGGAACACCUUACCUGAAGACAGUGGAGUCUACAGCUGCUUGUUGGAAGACCAGAAAACGUUUGCCACCAUCAGUAUCACUGCCGUCCCAGUCACUUUCAAGCAGAAACUAAAGAACCAAGAGGCUCCGGAGGAGGGUAACGUGAUGUUGCGCUGCGAGCUGUCUAAAUCAGGAGUCUCUGUGGAAUGGCUGAAGGGAGAGGAGCUGCUGAGGGAGGGGAAGAGGUACCAGAUGAAACAGGAGGGGAGGACUGCUGAGAUGGUCAUCAGGAACGUGGUGCUGCAGGACGUUGGGGAGUAUAGCUGUGUCACCGCCUGCAAUGUCAGGACAGCAGCUGACAUCAAAGUUAGGGCCCUCCCUGUAACAUUCACACAAGAGGUCCAGAACGCGAUGAUCAAAGAGGGGGACAGUGGGGAGUUCUGGUGUGAGCUCUCCAAGCCUGGAGCCCCAGUGGACUGGAGGAAGGGGAGAGUCAUCCUGAAGUCUGGAGACAAAUAUGAGAUGAAGCAGGAGGGACGCAUCACUAAACUGCUCAUCCAUAACGUGGAGGAGAGUGACGCUGGGAAAUACACCUGCAAGACUAAAGACACCCAGUCAACUGCUGAGCUGAGCGUGAUGGCGCCUCCCAUCACGUUCAAGGUGAAGUUGAAGAACCAGGAAGUCGAGGAGGAGAACAGUGUGACGUUAUUCUGCGAGCUCUCUAAACCAGGACUGACCGCAGAGUGGAGGAAGGGGGAGGAGCUGCUGAAGAAUGGAGUGAGAUACCAGAUAAGGAAGAGAGAGGCAACGAUGGAACUGACCAUCAGGAAAGCAGUGCUCGAGGACACCGGAUUCUACAGCUGUGUUUACGCAGAAGCCAAAACCUCGGCCACUGUCAACAUCACUGCCAUACCUGUCACCUUCAAAAUGGGCCUUAAGAACCAGGAGGCCCCAGAGGGGGGCAUCGUGAACCUGCGCUGUGAGCUGUCUAAAGCUGGAGUCCCGGUGGAGUGGUGGAAAGGCAAGGAGGAGGUGAGUCCUGGAGGAAGGUACCAGAUGAAGCUGGAGGGAAAGGUAGCGGAGAUGCACAUCAAGAACAUCCAACCGGAGGACGUGGGGGAGUACAGCUGUAUAUUCGGAGAUCAGAAGACCACUGCUGAAGUCAACGUGAGAGCUGCUGCAUCAGUCUUCUUUGAGAAGGAGCUAGAGAGCAAGGUGGUGUUGGAGGGGACGUCAGUGGUCCUCUCCUGUGAGGUCUCCAGCGUUACGGUCCCCGUCACCUGGAGGAAGGACGCCUGCCUGGUCACAGACGGGGAGAGGUUCACUUUGAAGAAGAAAGGCCCUGUUCACACCCUGGAGAUCAGGAAGUUGAGUCUGGAGGACGCCGGGGAGUACAGCUGCAUCACCAGGGGAAAGAAGACCACAGCCAUGCUAGUUGUGAAAGAGCGUGUGAUGAUCUUGUCAGGACUGAAGGACAUGAAGAUCAUGGCCGGGCAGGACGCAGUGUUUGUGUGCGAGCUGUCCCACAAGGAGGUAAGCGAGGGCGAGUGGUGGCUGGGCUCCAGCCUCCUGCAGAAGAAUGAAAUGAACCAGAUGAGCUGCUUGGGCCACCAGCACCGCCUGGUCCUGACCAUGACCACGCCGGAGGAGACCGGGACCGUGGCCUUCGUGGUCGGGGAGGAAAAGACCUCCGCCCAAUUGUUGGUGCUCCCCAAACCCAAAGUACUCAUUGAGAAGAAGCCUGGGGACAUCGUCAUCAUGGAAGGGGAGAUGGCCACUUUAUCCUGUACGACCUCUGACCUCUUUAGCCCUGUCACAUGGAGAAGGAACAGGAUGCCCCUCCUGAACGGAGAUAAGUAUGAGACUCGAAAGGAGGGCAAGCUCAACCUGCUGCUCAUCCAUGACACGGAACCAGGAGACUCUGGGAUAUACUCCUGUGACACUGGUGACAUGCAGAGCAGCGCCAAUCUGACUGUCAAUGAGCUGCCUCCAUACUUUGAGGAUGAGCUGCAGACUGUGGAGGCUGCGGAAGGGGGCACUGCCUUCCUAUCCUGUGAGCUGUCUAAGCCUGCUUUCCCAGUCCAGUGGAGGAAGGGCCGGCUACCUCUCAGGCCCAACAGGAAGUACAAGAUGAGGCAGGACGGCUGUGUGUUUCAGCUACACAUCCUGGAGCUGAAGAAGGAAGACAGUGGCAGCUACACGUGCCAGGCAGGUGGUGUGGAGACCACCGCCUCUGUGACAGUAAAGCCUCCCCCAGACAAGACAGAUCCUCCCAAGACAAUUCCUCCCACAAAGGCUGCCUCUCCCACUACUCCACCAGAAGGGGCCCGAACUGGCCCUCCAGAGCCAAAGAAACGGGGCAUGACCCGGUCAUCCAUUGUGGAGUCAGAGGAAGACCUGGAGCUUGAGGAAAAAGAGACGGUUGUAAACCCACAUAAGAAACAGUCAUUAAGGUCUAUGGGUAAGGAGACUAAGGUAGACCAACAGGAGAAACAGAAAGUGAAACAGCCAGUAGGUAUGGUGAAGGAUACCAUAGGAGAAAAUACCCAGAAACAGCUAGUACCACCACUGAGGUCUAAAGGGAAGGAGGCAACUAUGGUGAAGGAUUCACAGAUGGACCAGAGAGAGAAAAAGCCAGUGAAACAGCCAGUCAGAGCUAUAGUGACGGACACAGAGGAGAAAAAGACUGAAAUAGACCCAAAGGAGAAAAAUAUAUUGAAAGAGAUUGGGGUAGACCAGGUGGUGAAACAGCCAGUUCCACCAGCGAGACAAGCAUCUAUAGUGUCUGAUGCUGGGGUAGAGCAUGUAGGCAAAAAGCCAAUUCCACAUACGACACAAGCUUCUGUUUCAGUUUCGGAUGCUGGGGUAGACGAGGUGAGGAAACUGCCAGUUCCACCAGCGAGACGAGCAUCUAUAGUGUCUGAUGCUGGGGUAGAGUAUGUAGGCAAGAAGCCCAUUCCACCAGCGGGACGAGCUUCUGUUGUUUCAGUUUCGGAUGCUGGGGUAGACGAAGUGAGGAAACAGCCAGUUUCACCAGUGAAACAAGCUUCUGUUGUUUCAUUGUUGGAUGCUGGGGUUGAGCAUGUUGGCAAAAAAACAGUUCCACGAGCGAGACAAGCUUCUGUUGUUUCAGUGUCGGAAGCUGGGGUAGACGAGGUGAGGAAACAGCCAGUUCCACCAGCGAGACGAGCAUCUGUUGUUUCAGUGUCGGAAGCUGGGGUAGACGAGGUGAGGAAACAGCCAGUUCCACCAGCGAGACGAGCAUCUGUUGUUUCAGUGUCGGAAGCUGGGGUAGACGAGGUGAGGAAACAGCCAGUUCCACCAGCGAGACGAGCAUCUGUUGUUUCAGUGUCGGAAGCUGGGGUAGACGAGGUGAGGAAACAGCCAGUUCCACCAGCGAGACGAGCAUCUGUUGUUUCAGUGUCGGAAGCUGGGGUAGACGAGGUGAGGAAACAGCCAGUUCCACCAGCGAGACGAGCAUCUAUUGUUGCAGUGUCGGAUGUUGGGGUAACGCAUGUAGGGAAACAGCCAGUUCCACCAGUGAGACGAGCAUCUAUAGUGUCGGACGCUGGGGUAGAGCAGAUAGUUAGGUCUGUUAGAUCUAAAAAGGAGAUUGAUAUAGAAAUAGACCAUCAGGACAAACAGCCAGUGAAGUUUAUGGUGAAGGAGACAGAGGUAGACAAGAGAGACAAACAGCCAGCAAGGUCUACAGUACAGGUGAUGGAAAAACACAACAUUGCGGUGGAUGGUAACCAAGUCCAUAUCUCAGAGGAUGAGUCCUCCACUGAGGCCCCCACCCAGGUAAGAGUCAACCAGAAGACCAACAAGCCUGUAGUUGCUGUAGCUGGGGUUCCCAAGGGACUCCCGAUGACUAAGCAAGUAGACAAGACUGAACCUGACAUGGAAAUCAGUGUAGAGGACGAACCUGAGAUACUGGAUGCCGCCAUCAAGAUCCAGGCAGCUUUCAAGGGAUACAAGACCCGCAAAGACAUGCGGCCAAUCUUCAAGCAGGUGUUCAAGAACCAGAACGUUGAGACCAACGGUACCAUCCAGCUAGCGUGCGUGGUGGAAGGGAAGUCCAACGCAGUACGCUGGCUGAAGAACGGCCAGCAGGUCAUAGGAGACCAACGCCACCGCAUGAACACCUCUGAGGAUGGCGUCUGCACACUGGUGAUCAUCAACAUGUCAGCCAUAGACACUGGGGUCUAUACAUGUGAGGUGGUCAACAAGUUUGGUGUGACCUCAUAUAAUGGCAACAUUACUGUGGGUCAAACUCAAAACCCUCCUGCAGCCCCAGCACAGCCCUCCACCCAGAGGCCUGCAGCCCGAGCACAGCCCUCCACCCAGAGGCCUGCAGCCCCAGCACAGCCCUCCACCCCUUCUGUGCAUCCAGUCCUGGCCUCUGUUGGCCUUCUCCAGCAAGCCCAGACCUCCACCUCUGGGAAGGAGAAUAUGGAUUCUGUGGAGAGUGAGGAGAUCUCCCUGUGGCAGGCCUACAACCUGACCGAGGAGGAUCCCCGCAAUACCCUGCAGGAGAGGAGGAGAGCCUCACUCAUCUCCGCCAGCUCUAUGUCUAGUCCCUCAGACUACGACACAGCUCCAGAUUUCAUAGAGCCUGUUGACAUCACCCCCAAAGAUCCCUGCAGGGAAAAGGAAGAGGACCAGUUACCCCAUAAGGAUAAAGGACAGAAAGUCACCCCUCAACCACCAAAGAGGCAUUUGAAGGUCAAAGCUACUGAUGCCAAGCUGAGGACUCUGUCCCCGAAACACCACUGUGCCCACACGCCUGCUGCUCUCACAGGUUCUGGCUCAGAGUCAGAUGGUGACGAGGACAGAAGAGAGACAUUUGAUAUCUAUGUGGCCAGAGCUAACUGCAACUCUCAACAAGGUGGCAACAAGGAGAGCUUUGUGUUGAAGGAGGGACAGUAUGUGGAGGUCUUGGACUCUGUCCACCCUGAGAAGUGGCUGGUCCGUACCAAACCCUCCAAAAACAGCCCCUCACGCCAAGGAUGGGUCUCCCCUGCAUACCUGGAGAAGAAGAGAAAGGAAACAUUCCCACAAGUGAGGACACCACAACAGGAGAUGGAUGGAUCAGGUUCUACAGAGGAAGAGUACAGAAGAACAUUAAGCCAAUUGAUCCAGGGGCUGAUUGAUGGGGAGGAAGAGUUUGUGAAGGAGAUGAAGGACUUUACAUCCGACUACCUGCACCACUUAGACACUAGCCCUCAUGGCUCCAUCAACAUCAUCAACCAGAAAGAAACUAUCUUCCGCAAUAUCAAGGACAUCAUGGCUUUACACGAGAGGUCUAUUCUGCCCAGCCUCAGCGAGUGUUCUACUGAUGAUGACGUGGCCAUGCACCUGGUCAAACACGCAGAGGACUUUCAGAAGUAUCUGCAGUACAUGAUGGGCCAAACACAGGCAGAGGCCUGUGUCACUGACAAGACCAUCCAGCAGUACUUCAAGAACACGAGAACAGAGCCUGAGCACUCCGAAACCACAGUGCUGGAUGUCAUCACCUUCUUACAGAGACCAGCGGAGAGGAUUCAGACCUACCAGGCCUUGCUCAAGGAGCUGAUCAAGAACAAGGCUAAGUGUGGGAAAAGCUGCUGUCUGCUGGAGGAUGCAUUCUCCAUGGUGUCCUGUCUGCCCUGGCGUUCUGACAACCUGCACCAGGUGUCUCUGAUUGAGAACUACCCUGCCCCACUCACUGCACUGGGAGAACCCGUCCGCCAGGGUCCCUUCACUGUGUGGGAGGAGUCUCCUGAGAUCAAGACGUCCUCCCGGGGGCACCAGAGGCAGGUGUUUCUCUUUAAGGACUGUGUCCUCCUUUGUAAGCUCAAGAGAGACCCCGGCAUGAACUCUGACACCUACGCCUUCAAGAACAAGAUGAAGCUGAAUGAUGUGGAGGUGAAGGAGAUGGUGGGGGGAGAUGAGAAGUCCUGGGAGCUGUGGCAUGAGCACCGCGGCUCAGUGAGGAGGUACACACUGCAGGGUCAUUCCAACAUGCUCAAGCUGUCCUGGCUCAAAGACCUGAGAGAGCUGCAGCAACGCUCCAGCCUGACUACUUCUAGUCCACCAGAGUUCAAAGUUCUCCUGGCUGACUGCACAACAAAGAUCGGACAGACAAUCAAAUUGGCAUGCAAAGUCACAGGAACACCCAAACCAGUGGUCAGCUGGUUCAAAGACGGCCUGGUCCUAGAGGACGGCCCUCACCACAUCAUCACUGCAGACCGGACAGGAACCUGCUGUCUCAUCCUGGACGGGGUCACUCCCAAGGACUCUGGACAGUACGUGUGCUAUGCCUCCAGCCCCGUGGGUCAUGCUAGCACACUGGCCAAGAUGGUGGUGGACGCACCCCCCAGGUUCAUUACUAGGCUGCAGAGUGCAUGUCUGAUGGAGGGAGAGGAAGUCCAGUUUACCUGCUCCACGCACAGCACACCUCUACCCCGAGUCAGGUGGUUUAAGGAUGCCAGAGAGCUGACAGACCAGAGGAAGUACCACAUAGAGAGUGACGCCCGCAGUGGGAUCCUCACUCUCACCAUAAUGAACCCUGGAGAGACAGACCUGGGACGGUAUGAGUGUGAGCUGUGGAACCAGUUGGGUAGUGCCAAGAGCAAAGCAGAGCUGUGUGCCGCCUUCACACAAGUGAUUGACAGUGAGCCUGACCAACCACAGUCUGUGAGUGAUGCAAUUGUGCUUCCUCCAGACUCAGAUGGCUGGUCCACUGCCAUGGUGAAGCAAUGGCUUCAGACAGAUUUCAGCCCCACAUCUAUCGUCAAAAUGCUCUUCCAGCCUGGAUAUGCUAAGCCAGCUGAGGGUGGCCCAGAGGAAAGGGACCCCACCACCAGAGGCCACGUGGAGGUGCCCCAGUUCCCCAAUGAUCUUGAGGAAAGACCCGAGGUUGAGGAGGAACUUUAUCUCCCUGAGACCAUACAGGAAAUGCCAACAGCUCCUCCCUCCACUCAGGUGCCGGCAGAGGACCUAUGUGUGGAGUCUGGCCAAUCAGCUACCUUCACCAUCAUCAUCACAGGAAGGCCAACCCCCGAGAUUCAGUGGUACAAGGAUGGAGAGGAGCUGUUGGCCAAUGAGAAUGUGGAGGUGGUCCAGAAUGGUGCCCGCUGCUCUCUGACUGUGCUGUACCCGGAGAGCGAGGAUGGUGGCAUCUACACCUGCUGGGCCUAUAACGACUCCGGACACACAUCCUGUCAGGCUCAGCUCACAGUGGAGGAGGGUCCACUGGAGUCACAGGAGAGGGAGGUGGAGCUUGGGAAGAGGAGGAAGAUGCUCUCUGUGUAUGACAUCCAUGAGGAGAUAGGGAGAGGCACAUAUGGGGUGGUGAAGCGGGUUACCCACAGGAGGACUGGCGAGGGCUUUGCCGCCAAGUUCCUGCCCCUGAGGAGCAGUACGAGGACCAGGGCCUUCCAGGAGAGAGACCUGCUCUCCCGGUUGGCUCACCCCAGGGUGUCCUGUCUGCUGGACUUCUUCUCUACACGCAGGACCCUGGUCCUGGUCACUGAAGCCUGCUCUUCUUAUGGUCUUCUUGAUCAUCUGCUGUUGAAGGGAUCGGUCAGUGAGAUAGAGGUGCAGAUGUACGUUCAGCAAAUCCUGGAGGGAGUUGGUCACAUCCACAGCAUGAAAAUUCUUCAUCUGGACAUCAAACCGGACAAUAUCCUAAUGGUGUUUCCACCCAGAGAGGAGAUCAAGAUCUGUGACUUUGGCUUCUGUCAAGAGAUGGACACUUCCAGACACCAGUAUAGCCAGUUUGGCACUCCAGAGUUUGUAGCACCUGAGAUCAUACAUCAAGACCCUGUCACUAUGGCAAGUGACAUCUGGUCCAUUGGUGUUGUGGCGUAUUUAUGUCUGAUGUGCCGCUGUCCGUUUGUGGGCGAGACGGACCGGGCCACUCUGCUGAGGGUGGGGGAGGGGACACUGAACUGGGACGCACCUGACCUCACCUACAGGAGCACAGAGGCCCAGGACUUCCUCCGCAUGGUCCUGCAGCCAGACCCAGAAAAGCGACCAACUGCAUUUGAGUGUCUGGGGCAUGAAUGGUUCCAGAGCGAGGAUGAAACUGAUGACAUCAACACAAGGGCUCUGAAAGUCUUUAUCUCAAGGAGGAAAUGGCAGCGUUCUCUGACCUGCCUGGGCUCUGUCCUCACCCUGAGGUCCAUCCCAGAGCUGCUCGAUGCCCCUCCUCGGGAGACCUCUGUCACAGCCCCGCGGGACCCCCACGAGCCCAGCAGCACCUCAAUGAGCAGCGGCUCCUCCUCGGAGUACGACGAGGCCGACGCCUGGGACUUCUUCCACCACUGCACCACCACAGAGGAGGACGAAGAUGAGGAGGAGGAAGACUUCGAUCUCCUCAUGGAGAGAGCCAGGAUCCCUGAGCCCUUCGCCAAGCUUAAAUUGGACGAAGAGGAGGAGGAGAGGAUCAUGGAGGAAGAGGAGAUGGGAGGACAGAGUACCAUGCUAGAAAGGAGCAUAAGCAGGCAGUCCGUAGGGUCCUCGGACACCUCCAGGCAGCCAACCCCCCAGAGGGAGAGGAGGGUCAGCCGAGACAGCAGCCCAUCCUUGUACUUCUCCGAGGGUGAUGACAGCUCCGUUUCCGGGAGUGAAGGAGGGCGCAUCGCCAGGAGCAGCCUGAUCCACAGCACCUUCUAUGACAGCUCCGCACAGCUCUCGCCCAUGUCCGCCCGCCACAUGACCCUCAGGGACAAGUUCCAGGCCAAAAAACAGGAGAGGGGCCGCAAACCGCACCGCAGCAGCCUCUCUAGCCGCCUUAACGAGCCACUCAUUGAGUACAUGGAGGACGAGGGAGAUACCAAUCACGGGCAAAGGCGAGGGUCUUUGCAGUCGUCCAUGCUCAAGUCUUGCUCCUUCGACAGCGGGGUCGGCCUCUCGCACAAUGCACCCCCGCACAGGAGGAGCAGGUCGUUGGACGACUACUCCCGACGCUCACCAGGAUCCACCAAACGCAGAGAAGAGGAAGGUGCUUUGAGUCUUAAGGAGGAUUUCACUGAUGAAGAGGAGGAUAAGAGCUUAGUCGUUGCCCCUCCCCAGAUCAAAGGUAGAAGAGGUUCAGUGGCAGUGGCUCCCGCACAGCUUAUAGCCAAGCUUCAGAAACUGGGUGCAAAAUUGCCCCAUGCUGGUCAAGAAAAGAGCCCUAUGCCAGAGCAGGGGAGACCAGGGGAGGAGGAAGUGGAGAACCUGGCUGGCUCGCAGGGCUCCCUGGCUGAGUCCUUCAUCCUCGAGCAUGGCUCCGAGGCCUCCAGCAGGCUGGGCUCCUGUGAGGAUAUGUCCCACUGCCGCCCUUUUGCCACACAUAGAGGGAGAGCAGGGGAUGAGUAUGAUGACCAGGAGGAGCCCCUGAUCACCCCGUCCCCCUGCUCCCUGCUCCAGGCAUCUGAGGUUGAGGAUGCUGAGCAGGAGCCCCAGCGCCAGAGAGGCCAAAUUCAGAUCCCACCGAGAAGGACAACACACCCCAACCAGAACCCAACGGACAGAAAUAAGGGUGCGGUAGAGAGGAAGGUCCUGCCGGUGAAACCCAGUCCCAGUCUGUCCAUCAAGGCCCCAGAGAGGCCCCCAAGGGCCAGAGACACAAAGGCACGACUCCAGAGGCAUGCGUCCACACCGGCCCUCGAGGCCAAACCGCCCACGGGGAAGUCUCCUAGGAUGUCACCCAAAGUUGGGUUAAUGAAUCUGUUCCGCAGGCAGUCCUGGGCAGGGCAUUCCUACUCCCAACUGGAGGGCGCGGAGCAGGGACCCACACUAGGGGAAUUGGAGCCCCAAACCCCCACCAUGUCACUAAAGAAAAAGAUGAGGGCAUCAGCCUCUAGCCUCACCAAGCUGUUCACUAAAUUGUCCAGCAAGGAGGACUUAACGAAGGGAGGGCCAAUUUUAAAGGGUUCAUAUCCUGUUCCGCCUGAGCAAGAGGCAAGCCCUGGCUUGGAGAGCCCAAAAAAGAAAUCCAAGUUCUUCUCCUUCAAAAUACCCAAAAUACCUGCAUUCAAAAAGAACAAAGAAAUGCCUAUCCGCCCCACCAGGCCUGACGUGCACCAGUUGGAGGCAGGUGGAUUUCUGCUGGUAUGGAGACCAUUGCAGUCCAGCGACCCAGUGGUUUACGGUGUUCAGUACAGCACAGAUGGUGUGGAGUGGAAGCUCCUGUCGGAGGAGGUGACAGACAGUUGCUACGUGGUGAAGGACUUACCCAGAGGAGCAGGGUACGUGUUCAGGGUUGGCUGCAUCAUCAAGACAGGCACAGGACCUUUUAGUGACCCUUCUCCACCUGUUGUUAUGGCAACCCAUCCUGAAGAGACCCACAUUCCCCUCAUCCAGACAGAGUCCCCAGGUUCAAAGGGCAGUAGGUCAGGAGGUCAACCUAGCCACAAGACCUACAGCUUCCUCUCUGAGAUCAACAGGGGCCGUUUCAGCGUGGUGACCCAGUGUCAGGACAGCCAGAGCCAGCAGCUGUUUGCUGCCAAGAUCACCCCCUGCAGGCCAGAGAAGAGACAGCUGGUGCUCAGAGAGUACCAGCUGCUGAAGAGGCUCAACCACCCCAAUCUGGUGCAGCUGCACACAGCGUACAUAACCCCUUACUACCUGGUGCUCAUCCAAGAGCUGUGUGCCGGCAGAGAGCUGCUCUACAACCUGGCUGAGAGAGACCUGUAUUCUGAGCUCCAUGUAGCAGAGUUGCUGGCUCAGAUCCUGAGUGCCGUGGACUACCUGCACGGCCGUCGGGUUGUCCACUUGGACCUCAAGUCAGACAACAUGCUGGUGACGGACUGCAACAUGCUGAAGAUUGUAGACCUGGGCUCCGCUCAGUCCUUCAUGCCCGGACAGACACUCAACAUAGAGCAUAUUCAGGGACAAGAGAAAGUUUACAUUGUCCUUCCUAAAGCUCCGGAAAUCCUUGACGGACAAGGAGUCGGACCUGAGACUGACAUCUGGGCUAUUGGGGUGUUAGCUUUUAUAAUGUUGAGUGCAGAUAGCCCGUUCCACUCAGACCUCAACUGGGAGAGGGACAGAAACAUCCGGAAGGGGAAGAUCCAGUUUGGCCGAUGCUACCCUGGCCUGUCAGAGGCAGCAAUCACCUUCAUGAAGAACACACUGAGCAACAAGGCCUGGGCCAGACCCUCAGCGGCUGAGUGCCUCCAGAUCCCGUGGGUACGGGGUGAGCGGGCCACCUCCAAACACAGAGACUCCAUCUUGUGUUUCUCCACCGACAAGCUGCAGGCCUUCCUCAAGGAGAGACAGGUGAAACGAGACCAGGUCCGCACCAAGCUGCAAGGCCCGUUCUUCCAUUGAUCUGCUCUUCCAGUAGACUGUUAUGAAAUACAUGAACUGGACUUGGAUGCCUCUUCAUAGCCCAGAUCCUGGUCACAAAUAUGUGAUGUCUUACAAAUGUUAACCUAAAAUGGAAACUGGUCAAAUGUGUAUGUAUUAAUGGCUGUCUAAAGUUAAGUGUUUGUCUGAAUGAGUUUGGCUUUGGUUGAAUUACAGCGUCAUAAUAUCAGGGAAAUGUUCAGUUAGAUGCUUUAUGCAAAUACAGUUGCACGAGUUUGAAAACGUGAAAACAUUGUUCCUUUGAGUUUGCGGCAUUGGACAUGACAAAAGUUAAUAUUUCAUGAGCUAGAUUUGUAGAUUUUGUGAUUUAUUAGCCAAAGCGACAGAUAAGAGGGUUCAUGUGCCCAAAGCAUAGCAAGGGCCCCUAUCAGCAUAAAGCUUUGUCUCACAGAGAGAGGAACGUUGAAAUCCCUAUCGGUAGAUACAUAUAGACAGAUAUUUAAAUAUACACUGUAUAGAUAUUUAGGAGUGAAAUAUUUACACGAUUGCAAUGUUUUACAUGUUUUCAAUUGUCUUGUUACAUUGUAUAAAUGGAGAAUAAGA